GCUAAUGGAAAGCGAAGCUUCUGGGGUUGUUUCUGGGGCGGGUCUUAGGAAGGGCUCAGCGGGGUGGUGUCCUUUCCGAGCUGUCCGUUAACAAGAGAAGAGGCACCUGCCUGCUUUGGAUGGCCCUACACGUGCGCGUCUGGGAGGCGGCAAGAGAGGAACCGGCGGGGGAUGCAUGACCAUGUGUUUUUUGCAAGCGUGUCAGUAGCUGCUUCUGGGUUGUGGAGCGCUGUGGCCGCAGGUAGCUCGCUGGGACCCUCCUGCUGCUGCUUUUGCCGCAUCGUCCACCGCGGAGCCUUCGCCCGGCUCCUGAGUACCCUUGGAGGCUGCUAUGCUGUGGAAUAGCUCGGACUCCUCUGAAAGCUCCAGUCCUGUACCCUUCGGCUUUCUCCCUUUCCUCCAUGACUACCCCGCCGGUGGCGUUAACAGUGGCUUUGGCAAGGGUCAUGCCUUCCGGGCCUCCUGAGCACGCUGCCUUGGCGGCGGGAACUCCCGUCGUGAACGGAGCCGGUGGGCUCCGCGCGGCCCCGGCUGUGGUGCGUGCUCAGAGCACUGUGCCAUCCGCCUCCUGCCUGGUGAUUCCCGCGGGCAGCCCUACCAUUGCCUUGAAUGCCGCGGGCGCCAAAGUUCCUGUCAGCCUCGUUUCGUCUUCCGUCUCGCAGCAGCCGCGAGUGGUGCCUGCUCCUGUGGAGGCCCUAGUGGGCAAAAUAGCUCCGGCGACUCCGGUUCAGCAGCUCCCGAAGCCUUCCAGUGGAGGGGCGAGGCUGCCGACCCCUCACCCAGUAGCCUCCAAAGCACCGCAGACGAUGACGAUACAGUUACCUGCUAACUUUCAAAUUCCGCAAGGAACAGUUCUUGUCAGAAGCAACACUGGUCAGCUGAUGUUGGUGUCUCAACAAGCACUUGCUCAAGCCCAAAGCCAGUCCCGAAAUAAUGCAAGUGUAAGACAGUCAUUGCCUACAAAUAUGCCUGCAGUCAAAAUGCAGACUGUACAGAAUUCUGGAACUCAAGUACUUAAAGUACUAGCUGCUCCUGUAAAAACUGUGUGCCGGACAACUCCUUCUGUUACUUCUACUGUUAAGAAGACUGCUAUAAUCCAGUCAAUAACAUCCGGAAAUAGUAGAACCACAACUACUACUGCAAAAUCUUUGAUUACUGGACCAUCAACAAAGCCUCCUGCUUCUGGUUCUUCUGUACUAUCCCUUGCUCCAAAACCAGUUCCUGACAUAGAAGGCACAACAGUAGCACAGGCAAGCAGUUCAUCAGAAAUGCUGGAAAAUGCGAAAAAGUGCAAAAACUUCCUAGCGACACUAAUAAAACUGGCAUCCAGUGGGUCUCAAGCACCUGAAAUGAGGCAGAAUGUGAAGAAUCUGGUACAAAGUCUGUUGGAAGCUAAAAUGGAACCUGAAGAAUUUACCAAGAAACUCUACAUUGAGCUAAAGUCUUCCCCCCAGCCCUAUCUUGUCCCCUUUCUCAAGAAAAGUAUGUUUGCUUUACGGCAGCUAAUGCCUAACACACAGGCCUUUAUACAGCAGUGUCUUCAGCAAUCUGUACCACAAACGGCUUCUCCUACUUGUAUUGCUGAACUGUCAACUUCUUCUGUGAUUGCUGCCAGCACACCUGUCACCACAGCCUCUCUUCAACCUGCGAAAUCAGUCCUUAGAAUUCCAGUGGGGAUACCUUCCCAGCAGACUUCAGCCCCAGUCCCUUGUACAUCAGGAGUAACAAGAGCAUCUGAUUCUGUUCAGCUUGUUCAGUCAGCUCAUGCCUUGUCGGGGUCACUCUCCCUUCAAGUUGCUAGUCCUGUUCCCUCCACUGAACUGGCUACAGGAAAAAAUACUCUGAAGGCUGUACAUCCAACCUCCACCACUGUGAUGUUGACAACUGGUACCAGUUCCCUUCAGGUUGUAAAACCAGUCUUCACCCCUGCAAUGUCAUCUGUUGCAUUUGCUGCUCUUAGUUCUGUAAAAUCAGUUUCUUCUGCUGCUGUGACAACAUCUCUCCAAGCUGUAAAGCCAACCUUGACUACUGCUGUAGCAGCUGCUACUACAGCAGUAACUUCAUCUCUCCAUCCUAUAACGCCAGUUGCUGGGACACCAAUCACUAUCAGAGUUGCCCAUUCCAAUUCAGUCCUUUCCCAAUCAGUUCGGACAUCACGGGCUGUAAAGGUAAAGCAGCUGAUAGUCCAACAUCCGUCAGGAAGUAUCUUGAAAAAAAUGACCACGCUCCAACAGGCUUCAGCAUUCCCUGUUGUGAACAAAUCGGAUGAAAAAACUCCAUUAAAUGCUUUGAUCCAGGCUAGCCAUCUUCCUGCAGGCUCCAUUGUGAAACAAAUUACCCUGCCAGGAAACAAAAUUCUGUCGCUUCAAGCAUCUCCUGUUCAGAGAAAUAAAAUAAGGGAUAACGGAACAACAUCCUUCAGGGAUGAAGAUGAUAUAAAUGAUGUGACUUCUAUGGCUGGGGUCAACUUGAAUGAAGAGAGCGCAUGCAUAUUAGCAACAAAUUCCGAAGCAGUUGGCACAGUUAUCAGGUCUUGUCCAGAGGAGCUCCUCAUUUCUUCAGAUGCACUGCAGAAGAAGAUUUUGGAAAUAGGUAAAAGCCAUGACAUUAUGGAAGUUAAUUCAGAUGUUCUGAACUUGAUCUCCCAUGCUACACAAGAGAAAUUAAAAGGGCUUCUUGAGAAACUGACUGUAAUUGCUCAGCAUCGGAUGAUGACCUAUAAGGGAAGCGAGAAGUACACAAUAUCUAGCGAUACACGGGCUCAACUUAGGUUUCUUGAGCAGCUGGAUCAUGCGGAGAAGCAGAAGAAGGAUGAAAAAAAAAGAGAGAUGUUGCUCCGAGCAGCUAAGAGCCGUUCCAAUAAAGAAGAUCCAGAACAGCUGCGAUUAAAGCAGAAAGCAAAGGAGAUGCAGCAAUUAGAACUUGCACAAAUGCAGCAAAUGGAGGCAAAUCGUGCAGCUCUGGCAGCCAUUGGGCCAAGAAAAAAGAGGCCACUGGAUUCAUCUACCCUCGCAUCUGUACUUGAGGGCUUGAACAGAUCACCCAAUCUUGCAAAACCGUGUCUUCGUCCAAGAGUAACACGUAUCUGUCUCAGGGACAUGAUAUUUUGUAUGGAACAAGAGAGAGAGAUGAAACAUUCUUUAGCCUUCUACCAGGCUCUUAUGAAGUAAUGGCUAGACUCUUUACAUCUCAGCUUGCCACCAUUUGUUGCCAAAGAACACCUAUUUGCACUGUCUUGAAGUCUGUUCUUGAAUAAGCACUUGUUUACACUGAUAAAAAAUGAAUGAAGAGAGUUGCCUAGAAUAGUUGGUAGUCACUGAACACAAGCAGGCUGGCUGAAUGUACUGGAGACACAGGGCUAAAGGAGCCUGCUAAGUUCAGUGUCACUUCUGUCAGUAUUUCAAUCUGCAAUAUUAUCCUAUGAAUAUUGUGCCUUGUAAUGCUGCAGUUGGGGAAAGAUGGCAUGACAAAUGUAUUUAAUCACAAACCAGCAGGCAUUUGUAGUGCAUUGUCUACAGGAUUCAACCUCUCUAAAUGUCCUAGUUUUUUGAGUUUGUUGUAGAAAGCUGGAAAAGAAACCACUCUGGAGGAAGCCAAAGAAGUGCCGAAGUGAGUUCUAUAAUCUACUGCCUUCAAAGGAAGAUAGAGAAAAAGGGAUACUUGCUUGUAUUGCCAGUACUAUUGGAGAGAUCUACAAGCAAGUUGGAGAUGUAAGAGUUGGAAUGAGCAGCUUUUGGAAAUGUAGGUGCUUCAAUUUAAAAGGUAAUCUGGUAGAACACUUAACAUCAGCAGAUUACCCUUUUGCAUUUUCAUCAUAACAAUGACUUUAGAUGCAUUUAAUUUUGCAUCUGUGUGGAUUUAAAGCAGGGGACUAUCCCUGAAGAUCAUGCAAUUUGAAAGACAUCCCCUGGUUUAUAUAAAGUAUAGAAUUAUUUGAUAACCUUCCUACAUUAUGGGAGUUGAAGAAUAUAUAUAAUUAUCAGGGAUUUGAUCACUUUAUCUUAAGCACAAGACUUGGAAAUGACACUAAAAUCUGCUGCUUAAUAGGGAAAAAAUUCUGCUGUGGCAUUUGUAGAAGAGCACAAACCUGUUCAGGGAGCUGAAGUGAUAGUUCUGCUGAAUUUCAAAAAGAGCCUGCCUGUUAGCCGUCCUGGAUCACUUCAGAAGAUGUUGGUUGCGGAGAGCUACAUGAAGAUGUCUUUUGCACUUUCCUACAAAUUCUACACUUUCCUGUACACUUAAUGUACCGCUGCAUAACAUUGGGUAUAUAAUGGAUUGUUUGAGAGACAGCAACUGAAUGCCUUUACAAUUAAAGUCUUUAUUUUUAAAGGUUCUUAAGCCUUUUUGGUAUGCCAUUCUACAAACUGGGGAAUAGAAGUGGAAAACCACCUAACUUUGAGAUCAGGACCACUGCAGAAUGUUGAGAGGUUCUAAUCCAGUUCUGGUUUCUCUGUUAGCAAAACUGUGAACUAAGUUAGUUAAACCAAUGCAGUAAAUUACUUUUGUGUGUGAUAUGUCAGUACUCUGGACUAUGAAGCACUAAGCAGCAAGAUCUUGAUUGUAUUAGGCAAAAAAAAAGUGUAAUAAAAUGCUUAACUUUACUACGUGUGAAGUACAGCAUUUUCCUUGGUUAUGUAUUCAGUCUUACUGACAGAUGCUUAAAAUUAUUUUAAAUACUGCAUUAAAGUAACUAUUUUAUUAAAAA